UUCAAUUAUCUUGCGCCCUGCACCCGAAAGGCUCCUGCUGACCCUUUGCUCUCUGUGUUCAAUCACGCUGCCUACUGCUUUGUGGACGUUAAUCUCGUCUUUUUGCUUUCAGUGUUACCCUGGUGUCAUUCUGUGUGAUUUGAGCGUUCGUUUUGCAUUCAUUUUUCCCGAGCCUGUUCAGUCUAUCUUCCACCAACUGCAACGGGACGUCCUUUUUCGCCCGUUCAAAACAACACGUCACGUCUUUGCUUCUACCACCCGUCUCACCCACCUCUCAAGCGCUUCAACGCCGACAUUUGAAAACUAACCAUGCACACUUCUCACACCAGAUCGAGGCGCAAGCGUGGCAAAAUCGACGACGUCGAGGACGAUGGACCGCCUCUGCAUGUCUCACGGGUUGAAGACACCCAGUCUGAAGCUUAUUCUCGCUCUCGUCAUCAACAAAGAGACUCUUACGUCCCUUUCGCAACCAGAAAUUUCUCUGACAUGAGUUGGGAACCUCCUCCAGCUUUUGACUCACUGGUAGCACCUGACCGUUUUCACUCCCGUUCGUCCGAUGUCCAUCAUCGUGGUGGCAGAGAUAGUUACGACCUCCACGAUGAUGAUCCACCGUGGUCCGUGCGUCCUAAACACGAUUGGAACCACCAGGGUAGGGAAUGGGCAACCAACCAAGGUUCUUCGGAACAACAAAAUUGGGGAGCAUCUACUUCAUAUACGGAUAGAGGUCGCAGCCACGGCUGGCAACCGGACGACAGAUGGGGGAGGAUGAUCGGGGGGACAAUCAUCAUCAUCCUAAUAAUGACAAGCCAUCACCACAACCGCCGUCGUAAUAAUCGAAAAUUUCAACAGCGAGACAAUGGUUGGGACACUCGCAGAGACAGGCAACCUCGGACGCAGGAUGUGCAGGAGGAACCACCCAAAGAUGACCGGUCUUGGGAGCCUGGUCCCGGAUGGCAAGCGCGUGGCGCCGACCAAGGGGGCAAGCACAAUCGCAAUCGCAAUAACGGAAACAAGAAUAAAAACAAGAAAAAUCAGAAUAAAAAUCGUAUUCGGAUGGAGAAGGAGAGAGAUAAAGAGCGGGAGAGGGAGCAGCGUCGAAAUGACGAUGACGAUGACCUGAACAAGUGCUUUAUGUUUUAUAUUGUGUUAUCUCUCGCAUUCUCAUGUUGUUUUGUCUACAGCUGGCAGAGACGGGAGUUCCAUCCCUUGCCUGCCAAACCUGUUCGCAUCUCCCCUGCCAAACCGAAACCGGUACCCUCCAGAUCACCGUCACCUGCGGGGACACGAUCGCGCUCACGCUCUCCUGAUUCUUACUACUCUCGUAUGUCUUCGCGAGGUCGUUCGCACUCAAGGUCCUUGUCUCCAAGAUCGCAGCAACAUAGUUACAGUCCAGUCCGGCGGCGUAGCCGGACGCCCACUGACAGGGGACGAACUGGCAGGGAAGCCCAAAGUUGGAAGUCGUACUCCCCUGGAUCGUCCGAUCGUAGUUGGACCAUGCGUAGAGGGCGUCGACGCAGCCCUUCGUCGGCCUCGUCUGUAAGCCGGAGCAGAAGCAGAAGUUCCAGCCGGAGUAUGGAUGACCGGCCCAAACCUAAACACCGUUUACCACCUGCAACUUCUAUCAACGAUAUAUCACUGUCUAUAUCACAAACCACCAUCCAACAACCACAUGGUGGUCCUCUCCCUACCUCAAGGGAAUCUGAAUCGCGGCCCAAUGGAAAGACGAGAACGAAUGGAAAGCAAGGCAAUGUAAGCACACUCAAUGCGGCCUCAGAUAGGUGCUGAUUAUUUUGCAGCGACGUCGACAUUUCUCGCCGGCUGCUGAGCAAAUGCCUCCUCCAGCCAAGGUUCCACGAACGUCUACGAAACACCAUCUAGACGAUUCUCCCAUCAGCUAUCAUCCAUCAUCCGCAUCUGUCCUGGCUGAUCAUG